CCGCUUCCGUCUUUCCAAACAUUCUCCAGUCCCAUUCUUAGGGUGACGUGUCGCGGCUGAUGACGUUCCGCUAAUUGAUAGGCUAACCCUCAUUCUAUAUAAGUGCUGGACGGAGCGGCCGACGCUUUCCCCGGCAGUCAGCGGAUCGGGACACGGAAAGCUGGCAGGCUGAAAAAAGCAUUCAGCUCACCGGACGGACUUUCUGGCUUUUGACCCUUUAGCUGUGGUUACACGGAUUUGCGUGGGACAAUGAGCUCGGUGGCGGUUCUUACCCAGGAAAGCUUCGAUGAACAUCGCAGUGGGCUGACCCAACCAGCGGUCAGAGUGGCAGCCAUUGGAUCGGAGGAGGAAAGUGAUCCCCCCACUUACAAAGAUGCAUUCCCACCCCUCCCUGAAAAGGCUGUUGGCAGCGAGACCACUUCUGAGCCUGCAGGCGCAUGGAGCAAAAUUCGGCCUAUCAAGUCUUCCGUUAUAACUCAGGUGUUCCAUGUCCCUCUGGAAGAGCGUAGAUAUAAGGACAUGGCUCAGUUUGGGGAGGGCGAGCAGGCCAAGAUUUGCUUGGAUAUCAUGCAGAAGACUGGGGCUCAACUGGAACUUUCUCUGGCCAAAGAUCAAGGCUUGUCAAUCAUGGUUUCUGGAAAGCUUGAUUCUGUCAUGAAAGCCAGGAAGGAGAUAGUGACACGUCUUCAGACCCAGGCUUCUGCUUCAAUUGCUAUUCCCAAGGAACACCAUCGUUUUGUGAUUGGUAAAAGCGGAGAUAAGCUGCAGGACUUGGAACUGAAAACCGCUACCAAGAUUCAAGUCCCCCGGCCCGAUGAUGCCAGUAACCUAAUUAAGAUCACUGGCACCAAAGAGGGCAUUGAAAAAGCACGGCAUGAGAUUCUGCUCAUCUCGGCCGAGCAGGAUAAGCGAGCAGUGGAACGUUUGGAGGUUGAGAAGGCCUACCACCCAUUCAUUGCUGGGCCCUACAACAAAACAGUGAAUGACCUCAUGCAUGAAACCGGAACAAGAAUAAACAUCCCUCCUCCAAGUGUCAACAAAACUGAAAUAGUUUGUAUGGGCGAGAAAGAUCAGCUGGCCCAAGCAGUGGCAAGAAUCCGGCAAAUCUAUGAAGAAAAGAAGAAGAAAACAACCAGCAUUGCAGUAGAAGUAAGAAAAUCCCAACACAAGUAUGUCAUUGGCCCUAAAGGCAAUAGCCUACAAGAGAUCCUGGAGCGCACAGGAGUGUCUGUGGAGAUACCACCUAGCGACAGCACCUCAGAGACCGUCAUUCUGCGGGGUGAGCCUGAGAAACUGGGACAGGCACUGACUGAAGUCUAUGCUAAGGCUAACAGCUUCACUGUGGCUACAGUCUCUGCUCCAUCAUGGCUGCAUCGGUUCAUAAUUGGCAAAAAAGGACAAAAUUUGGCAAAGAUCACACAGCAGAUACCAAAGGUGCACAUUGAGUUUACCGAAGGAGAGGACAAGAUUUCUCUGGAGGGCCCUACAGAAGAUGUUGCCAUUGCCCAGCAGCAGAUGGAAGUACUUGUAAGCGAUCUGAUUUCACGAAUGGAUUUUGCAGAAAUAAAUAUCGACCACAGAUUCCACAGACACCUCAUUGGAAAGAGUGGAACAAACAUUAAUAGGAUAAAGGAGCAGUACAAGGUCUCUGUACGCAUUCCCCAGGACAGUGAGAAGAGCAGCCAGAUCAGAAUUGAAGGUGAUCCCCAGGGUGUGCAGCAAGCAAAGAAAGAGCUGUUGGAGCUGGCAUCACGGAUGGAAAACGAGCGCACAAAAGACCUGAUCAUUGACCAGAAAUUCCAUCGAACGAUAAUUGGACAAAAAGGUGAAAGAAUCCGGGAGAUUCGUGAGAAAUUCCCUGAUGUAAUCAUUAAUUUCCCAGAUCCUACUCACAAGAGUGAAAUUGUGCAGCUGCGUGGUCCCAAGAAUGAGGUGGAGAAGUGCACCAAGUAUCUGCACAAGAUGGUAUCAGAGAUGGUGGAGAACAGUUAUUCAAUCUCUGUACCGAUCUUUAAGCAGUUCCACAAAAACAUUAUUGGCAAGGGCGGUGCCAAUAUUAAGAAAAUUCGUGAAGAAUGUAACACUAAAAUUGACCUCCCAGCUGAGAACAGCAACUCAGAAAUGAUUGUUAUUACUGGGAAGAAAUCCAACUGUGAGGCAGCACGGGAUAGAAUCCUGGCUAUUCAAAAGGAACUGGCUAACAUAACAGAACUGGAGGUCAGCAUUCCAUCUAAACUUCACAACUCCCUUAUUGGAGCUAAGGGCCGCUUUAUCCGAUCUAUUAUGGAGGAGUGCGGAGGAGUGCACAUCCACUUCCCAAGUGAAGGCUCUGGAAGUGACACAGUUACUAUUAGAGGACCAGCUCAGGAUGUAGAGAGGGCCAAAAAACAGCUGCUUCAACUGGCAGAAGAAAAGCAAACAAAGAGCUUUACUGCAGAGAUACGCGCCAAACCAGAAUAUCACAAGUUUUUAAUUGGUAAAGGAGGAGGGAACAUCCGCAAGGUGCGUGAUUUAACCGGAGCCCGUAUAAUCUUCCCCACCGCUGAGGAUAAAGACCAACAGCUUAUCACCAUUGUGGGCACAGAUGAGGCCGUAAAGGACGCACAAAAGGAACUGGAAAUCCUAAUCCAAAGUUUGGAUAACAUAGUUGAAGACACUAUGGCUGUGGACCCUAAGCACCACCGUCACUUUGUAAUCCGACGAGGACAAGUACUGCGGGACAUAGCAGAGGAAUAUGGCGGUGUAACUGUUAGCUUCCCUCGUUCUGGUGUGCAGAGUGAUCGUGUUACUUUGAAAGGUGCUAAGGAAUGCGUCGAGGCUGCCAAGAAACGGAUUCAAGAUAUUAUUGAAGACUUGGAAGCUCAGGUCACCAUGGAAUGCAUGAUUCCUCAAAGAUUCCAUCGAUCCAUUAUGGGUCCUAAAGGUACUCGCAUCCAGCAGAUAACAAGAGAACAUGCCGUACAGAUUAAGUUCCCUGAUCGUGAAGAGAACCCUCAGGCAGCCCCCAAUGCAGAGUCACCAGCCCAAGAGAAUGGUGAGGAAGGGGCCGAAAAUAAAAUAGCUGUAGAUCCAGGCUCCCCUAAGAAAUGUGACAUCAUUCUGAUCUCUGGGCGCAAGGAGAGGUGUGAAGGAGCAAGUGAAGCUCUAAAGGCUCUUGUUCCAGUCAGCAUUGAGGUGGAAGUCCCAUAUGAUCUCCAUCGUUACAUCAUUGGACAGAAAGGUGCAGGUAUUCGCAAGAUGAUGGAUGAGUUUGAGGUGAAUAUCCAAGUCCCAGCCCCAGAGCUGCAGUGCGAUAUAAUAACCAUUACUGGGCUUUCUUCUAACCUGGAUCGUGCCAAAGCUGGGCUGCUUGAUAGAGUGAAGGAGCUGCAAGCUGAGCAGGAGGAUAGGGCAUUGAGAAGCUUUAAGUUAGUCAUCUCUGUAGAUCCCAAGUAUCACCCUAAAAUUAUUGGUCGCAAAGGUGCAGUCAUCAGCCAGAUCCGCAAUGAACAUGAUGUCAACGUACAGUUUCCAGAUAAGAGUGAUGAAAACCAGGAUCAGAUCACAAUCACUGGUUACGAGAAAAAUACAGAGGCUGCUAAAGAAGCAAUCAUGCAAAUUGUUGGAGACCUGGAGCAGAUGGUGUCAGAAGACAUUACUUUAGAUCAACGUGUCCAUGCCCGAAUUAUUGGUGGAAGAGGCAAAGCUGUACGCAAGAUCAUGGAUGAAUUUAAAGUGGAUAUUCGCUUUCCCCAGAGUGGAGCCCCUGAUCCCAACCUUGUGACUGUGACUGGCAAACCUGAGGAUGUGGACGAAGCCAUUGAUCAUCUGCUGAAUUUGGAAGAGGAAUAUAUGUCUGAUGUGGUUGAGAACGAAGUGAUGCAAUCUUACAUGAAACCACACUCUCAGGACGACAACAAGCCCCAACCAUCCAAGGGUUUUGUUGUACGUGAUGCUCCAUGGACAGCAGGAGGAAACAGUGAGAAGGCUCCUGACAUGACAAGCUCUGAGGAUUUCCCCAGCUUUGGGGCUCCAGUGGCCCACAAAACUUCUCCAUGGGGCCCAAAAAGACAUGGUGGUGGAAAAGGCUUAAUGCCUGCUGACAUGUCUGCUUCCUGUUAACUCUCCUGUUGCUGUGUCUGAAUCACUUGACCUGUCAUCUCCUUAUCUCCCUCUCUACCCCUUUCCUCUGCCUUCCAGGAUCCAAUAUAAGUCACUGCUGCAAGGGGUUACCUGGCACUUCUGGUUCCUCCAUAAAAGAUAUAUAAAAUGUUGGUAUUUCAGUUAUAGGAUGGAAAGAGCCUAUGAUUGCACCGGUUUGCCAUAGUGAUGCGUAGUGUUACUACACACCAUCAGCUUUAGUGUCCCUUCCUAAGUUGUAUAUACUGCCACUACAGCCUUUUUAGUUGCUAUGUAUCUGGAGUAGGUGUAGUGUCUGCUGGUUUGCCGAAACUACUACUCUGACUUUAUGAAAUCAUGUCUGUGUCCAUAGGAUCAAUUUGGAGAUGUGCAAACCAUUGUUCUUCUGACACUUCUGACCAAACUGUUAGGUGUGCAGCUAUACUUGGUAAUCUCAUAAAAUGUGCUGCAACAUGUUUUGGACAGACUUGAAUAAUUCAGACUGCAACUAAGGCUAUUAUCUCUCAUUAUAAGGUCUCAAAUACCAAUGUUAAAAUUGGCAUAUACAGUCCUGCUACAGAGCAGAAUGUAUUAGGAAGUGUCCUGUAACCCUUUCACUGCCAGAGCCAUUUGUGAGGGAGGGAUAUGCACAAAGGGGGAGUGUUGAAGGUGUAUUGAAUUUCCCCCUCCCAAUCCUCUCAUCCAGUUUUCUGACAUUACAGCUACUCAUGUUCCAGGCUGUGGAGAAGCCUAGAAUUAUACACCAGUGGCAUCAGGAUGGAAUUUUACCCUCUGCUGCUAAAGAACAACCUUACCAUGCGCUGACUGAGUAAUGAAAUGGGUUAAAAGCCCACGACAUCUCGACAGUCCUGUCACAGCCCUUUCUCUUGUCCCCUUACCUCUGAUGCCGGGGGAAAGGGAUCAUGUGUUUUUUGUCCAGUUUGGGUGGGGGGGUGUAACAUAAAUUCCAGGAUUUUUCCAGACCUCUCCUCAGCCCCCUUACUCCUUGGACAUUUCUACUUACUGUGCCUAAGUAUCAACUUCCUGUACACAAAGGUCAGGAAAUAAACAUCCUUUAAAAGCCA